AAGACGGAAGUACAUUUGAAGUACAUUUGUAGUUUUAAACUGGCAGACAAACACGGUGUCCGCGGCACGUGCGUGGAAACCGGUGGAUUUUUAACAGCGAUAUACACUGGUUUAGUUUAAGAUAAAACUUUGGAAGCAAACUGCGGUGACUGAAACGUUUUUAGAAGAACCGGACCGAAAACUAGAAGCUUUACAGAGUUUUGCUUUAUGGCGGAUUAAAUAAGCUGCAGUACUGAUUGUGUAACUGCAGCUUUUUUUUUUUUACUUUUUUGUUGGAAAACAAAAAAGGUUUGUUAAAGUUUUCAGAAGCAUUGAAGCAGUCAGGUCAUCCCCGUUAACAACUAUGAGCUGUCUGAAAGAGGAACGUCGAAGUGCAUCCCCUCAGUGUCCCAAACCUGACGAGUCUGAGCAGCCGCUGGGAACCGCCAUGGAGACUGAAGCUGCCGAUGAUACGAGUGUGAAAUCUGAAAACAUGUCUCAAGUGGUCAUCACGAAGGAGAUGGAGGAGGAAGAGAAGCUACUGAUGGAGGAAGGAGAGCGGAAGGAAAAGGAGAUGAUGGAGAAAGCCCGGCAGUCGUGGGAGAAGGACUCACAGGACAUGAGGUUCAAGAGACUUCAGCAUCUUCUCCAGAAGAGCAACAUCUACUCCAAAUUCUUACUGACCAAGAUGGAGCAGCAGCAGAAUGAGGAAAAACUCCGGAAGGACAGACUGGAGAAGAAAGCCAAGAAGGUUCAAACCUGUAGCGGAGACCCUGAGAAAGAUAAAAAGAAGAGGAAGAGAACCGACGAGUACAAAAUAGCCGAUGUGAUGUCAGCGGAGGAAAUUAUGUCUCAAGCCAAGAAAUCAAAGGUGGAGGAAGCGAACGAGGCGCCGACCCAGAGGAAACUGGAAGCCGAGGACAUCGAGAAGAUGAGUGACUCCAACCAGGACAUCAAGAACCGCCUAUCGGAGACGGUUCGAGACAAUGCCAAGCACCUCCUGCAUCCUCAAAGGAAGGUGAACGGGCAGCCGGUUUCUGUCCAGCAGCCAGAGCUCUUCACUGGGGGAGUCAUGAGGUCCUACCAGAUCGAAGGCAUCGAGUGGCUCAGGAUGUUGUGGGAGAACGGGAUCAACGGGAUCCUGGCUGAUGAGAUGGGACUGGGGAAGACCAUCCAGUGCAUUGCUCACAUCGCCAUGAUGAUAGAGAAGAAGGUGAUGGGCCCUUUCCUUGUGGUGGCCCCUCUCUCCACUCUGCCCAACUGGAUCAGUGAAUUCAGACGCUUCACUCCGGAGGUGUCGGUGCUGCUCUAUCACGGUCCCCAGACAGAGAGGGCCAAGCUGCUGAAGCAGAUCCGCCGGCCUCAGGGGCCCCUCAGCAUGUUUCCGGUAGUCGUCACGUCCUUUGAGAUCUCCAUGAUUGACAGGAAGUUCCUCCAGCGCUUCCAGUGGAAGUAUCUGAUCGUGGACGAAGGUCACAGGAUCAAGAACAUGAACUGCCGUCUGGUCCGGGAGCUGAAGAUGUUCCCCACCGAUAACAAGCUGCUGCUGACGGGAACGCCGCUGCAGAACAACCUGGCUGAGCUCUGGUCCCUCCUCAACUUCCUCCUUCCAGAGGUCUUUGAUGACCUGAAGAGCUUUGAGUCAUGGUUCGACAUCAACACGCUGGGAGAAUCUGAGAACGUGGUGGUAGCCGAGCGGGAGCAGAACAUCCUGAGCAUGUUGCACCAGAUUCUGACUCCGUUCCUGCUCCGAAGGCUCAAGUCCGAUGUGACGCUGGAGGUUCCUCCAAAGAAAGAGAUCGUAGUUUACGCUCCUCUGACGCCCAAGCAGGAGGUUUAUUACUCCGCUGUGGUUAACAAGACCAUCGCUAAGAUGCUGGGCCAAGAAAAGACAGAAGCUCCCGUCCUCCUGACGCCAAACGGCAGACCCAAGCGGCGAAGUCGGAAGGCGGUGAACUACAGAGAGACAGAGGCGGACACACCAUUUGCCCUGGAAAAAUACCUGGAGCAGGUCCGGAAGGAGGCGGAGCAGAGUCCCUCUCCAGUCCUGGAUGUCCAGAGCCCACUGGAUGCUCAGAUCAACCUGAAGCUGCAGAACAUGUUAAUGUUGCUGAAGAGAUGCUGUAACCACCCCUACCUGGUGGAGUACCCCCUGGACCCCGCCACCCAGGAGUUCAAGGUUGAUGAACAGCUGGUGCAGAGCUCUGGAAAGUUCCUGAUCCUGGAUCGACUGCUGCCUGCCCUGAAGAAGAGAGGACACAAGGUUCUGAUCUUCAGUCAGAUGACGUCCAUCUUGGAUAUCUUGAUGGAUUACUGCUACCUACGAGGCUUCCAGUUCAGCCGACUGGACGGCAGCAUGUCCUACGCCGACAGAGAUGAAAAUAUGACCAGGUUUUCCAAAGAUCCAGAGGUGUUCCUGUUCCUGCUGAGCACCCGAGCAGGUGGUCUGGGGAUCAACCUGACAGCUGCUGAUACCGUCAUCAUCUUCGACAGUGACUGGAACCCCCAGGCAGACCUGCAGGCUCAGGACCGCUGCCACCGCAUCGGGCAGACCAAACCAGUGGUCGUCUACCGGCUGGUCACAGCCAACACCAUCGACCAGAAGAUCCUGGAGAGAGCCUCGGCCAAGAGGAAGCUGGAGCAGCUGGUCAUCCACAAGAAUAAGUUUAAAGGAGGGAAGGCAGAGCUGAAACAGAGCAGAAGCUGCAUCGAUCUGGAUGAGCUGCAGGAGCUGCUCAAAGCUAAAGGGCCUGAGAAAGAGGUGAAGGCUUCCAGAGGGAAGGUGAUCAGCGACAAGGACCUGGAGGCUUUACUGGAUCGCAGCGACUUACUGGACAAAGACAAGGGGAGCAUGAAGGAGAAGGUGGGAGUGUUCAGAGUGAUUGAUGCCAGCCAGUCGUCGGAGAUCACUCUGACCUGAAGCUUCACCAGAUGUUUUCCAGCCGAGGCAUCCUGCACCUCCUGACUGUACAAGAAGACCUCCUUUCUGUUUCUGACCUGUGGAGCAUUUCUGUUUUUAUUGUUUUCUUAUCAGACGUGAUCUACUGUUUAACCACUGUGUCCAGUUUGAAGAUGACUUUCCCAGAUUGUGUCAGAGACAGAUGAGGACUUUCCCGUCCUGGGUUCAUGUGCAGAGCAUCUUAGAUGGAUCUUAGACACCAAACAGCUGCUGCCGCAUGACGGACUCGGCUCAGUAUUAAAGCACUUUGAUGCAGCUGACACACACAAACAUGUUUUCUUUGGUCUUUCUACAAAUAAACAGAUUAAACGUG